UUUGGCUAUUCAUAGUCCACCACCCUCUCUCUCUCUCUCUCUCUCUCUCUUCUCCAAAGUUUCACAUCCAUGGCCGCCUCCACCACCGCCACCAAUCUCUCUCCUCUCUCCUCCCCCUCCCUCGACAAACCCUACUCUCUCUCCAAAAACCCAUCUCCCAAUCCCCUCUCUCUCUUCCCCAAAAUACUCCUAAAAACCCCCUCCGCCUCCUACUCACAAACCCACAAAACCCUCUUCACAACAGCCUCCAAAAACCCAAUCUCCGACGUUAUCUCCACAAACAAACCAAACCCAGAUGCCCAUUCAUUGAUUUUCGAUGACAACGACGACAAGCCUCGCGAAGAGUGCGGAGUUGUGGGAAUCUACGGCGACCCAGAAUCGUCUCGUCUCUGCUACCUCGCUCUCCACGCUCUCCAACACCGCGGCCAAGAAGGCGCUGGAAUCGUUGCCGUCCACGACAACGUCCUCCAAUCGAUCACCGGAGUGGGCCUCGUCUCCGACGUCUUCAACGAAUCGAAGCUCGAUCAGCUUCCCGGCGACAUCGCAAUUGGCCAUGUUCGCUACUCCACUGCUGGGUCUUCAAUGCUCAAAAACGUUCAACCUUUCGUCGCUGGUUAUCGAUUUGGGUCUGUUGGUGUUGCCCACAAUGGGAAUUUGGUGAAUUACCAAUUUCUUCGUGCUAUGCUUGAAGAUAAUGGGUCAAUUUUCAAUACUAGUUCUGAUACAGAGGUGGUUCUUCACUUAAUCGCGAUAUCCAAAAUGAGACCCUUCUUUUUGAGGAUUGUUGAGGCUUGUGAGAAGCUUGAAGGGGCUUAUUCGAUGGUGUUUUUGACUGAAGAUAAAUUGGUUGCAGUUCGAGAUCCGUAUGGGUUUCGACCAUUGGUGAUGGGUAGGAGGAGCAAUGGUGCUGUUGUGUUUGCUUCUGAGACUUGUGCUUUGGAUCUAAUUGAGGCUACAUAUGAGAGAGAGGUCUAUCCAGGUGAAGUACUUGUGGUGGACAAAGAUGGUGUCCAAUCACUCUGUUUAAUGCCUCACCCUGAACCCAAAGCUUGCAUAUUUGAACACAUAUACUUUGCUUUACCCAAUUCAGUGGUUUUUGGGAGGUCUGUGUAUGAGUCUCGCCGCACAUUUGGCAAAAUUCUCGCCAUGGAGGCACCGGUUGAUUGUGAUGUUGUGAUAGCUGUGCCUGAUUCAGGGGUUGUAGCUGCUUUAGGUUAUGCUGCCCAAGCAGGGGUCCCAUUUCAGCAGGGCUUGAUUAGGUCUCACUAUGUGGGUAGGACUUUCAUUGAGCCAUCACAGAAGAUUAGGGACUUUGGAGUGAAGCUCAAGCUCUCACCAGUUCGAGCAGUGUUGGAAGGCAAAAGGGUUGUGGUUGUUGAUGACUCAAUUGUGAGAGGAACCACCUCUUCGAAAAUUGUUAGGUUGAUCAAAGAAGCAGGGGCUAAGGAGGUUCACAUGAGGAUUGCUAGCCCACCAAUUAUUGCUUCUUGUUAUUAUGGUGUCGACACGCCUAGUUCUGAGGAGUUGAUUUCAAAUAGGAUGAGUGUGGAGGAAAUUAGGGAGUUUAUUGGGUCGGAUUCCCUCGCAUUUCUGCCAAUCGACAGCUUGAGGAAGUUGUUGGGAAGUGAUUCUCCUAACCACUGUUAUGCUUGCUUUUCUGGGAAGUACCCAGUUGAGCCGAAGGGGAAAGUGAAACGGGUUGGUGAUUUUGUGGACGAUGGGUUGAAUGGAAGUAUAGAAGCGAUCGAUGGGGGUUGGAUUCAAGGAACUAGAAAUCAGCCAGAGGGAGAGAGAGAUUCAGAACAGAAACUGGAGGAGGAGAAAGUUUCACUAUAGUGGUGACAUUUAUGCUGAAUUCAUUACUUAGAGUGCUUCUAGUUUACUACUCUAUUAGGUGCUUUUUUGCUAUGGACACAGCAAUAUUUAGGGCUAUUAUCAUAAAUGUGAGGCGGUGAGUGACAUUUCCUUUCAAUGAUCUCGAAGCUAAAAGCUUAUAAUAUUACAAUUUUGGUCAUGUUUUAUUCGUUUUGCUUAAUGAAUUCUGACAUUAACUUGAGCUAAUUUCUCAUGAUUAUAAAUAACGGUUUGUUAA